GAACAUGUACGUUUAGCAUUAACAUCAAAAGAUUACAUAAGAAAAAAAGUAGCUAAGGAUACCCUUAUAAAGAAUUGUCUUGAAUGUAAACGUUACGUAUUUGAGGCAUUAAAAACACUCAAAGGAGAAGAGCUUAUCCCACAAAGCAUAAGAAAUAGACCAAGGCAUGGAGAUAAGGUUAUAUUAGUUGUUGGUGAACUUCAGCCUGGAUUAAGUAAAAGUUUAGAAUAUUUCGAUCCAAUGACAGAGAAAUGGCAUUUUGGCCCGGAAUUAAUUACCAACCAUAGGCGACAUAGUCUAGUCGUAAUUAAACACAAUUUGGUAUUUGAUGUGGGUGGUUAUGAAAUUGGUUUAUCACCUUUUCGGUGUGUUCAUAUGCUAGAUAUAACUGAAAAUCCACCACGUUGGCAACUAACUGACGACAUGGUAGUUGAACGACAAUUUUUAGGUGUUGGUGUAAUAAAUGAUAAUAUCUAUGCUGUAGGCGGAUCAAAUGAUAGAUAUGAAGAUUUAAAAAGUGCCGAAGUUUUUGACUUCAAUACUCAAAAAUGGCGAAUGAUAUCCAGUAUGAAUACUUUGAGAUCUUUAUUUACGGUUGGAGUCCUGAAUGAUCUUUUAUAUGUGGUAAACUUUUUUUAUGAUUUUAAUUUUGUAUUAUAUUUGUUAUAAUAAUAAUUGGAAUUGGAAUGAUAAAAUUCUCCCGAGAAAGAAUCGUGUAAUAUAUUUACAAAAUAAAACAUUUCGAUAAAUUCAAGUUGAUAAUCAACUAAUAUAUAUAUUUGUACAUAUACCUCUUCGAUUCAAUGAUUUAAUAAUUUCACCGGGAACUGAUUCAUUUUCAUUAAUCGUCAAAACUACCUACAUAAUGGAAGUACAAAAACUCAAAUACAUUUUUUAUUUGUGUUUUAUUACUACUUAACUUUAAUUAGUUUUAGUCCUAAAUGAUCUUUUAUAUUUGCGGUAAGCAUAAAUACACCUUACACGGGUAACCUAGAUAA